AUGGCCACUCUUCCCCGCACAAUCAAAGCCGCCCCCGGCUCUGCGCUCGCCCUAUUUACUGCAGAUGCCCCGCCUCGCCCACACUCACAUGCCCCGGGCUUCGAUGCUGGCCUUAACUCAUCUGCGGCCUGGACGGAACACAUGGAGAGGUUCUCUCUUUCAGACGACGAACCAGAUGAUACCGAUGAUACCGACGACCAGGAGGGCCGCUCCGCCCGCGCGUUGUACUUUUUCGAGGGCAGGAUCGAGUUUAGGGAACUUAUCGUUGAGGCGGGAGAUGCACUGGAUAUCCUCAAGGAGGACGCCGGCGAUGGAUGGAGCCUGGCCCGUACCAAGGAGGGACAGAUAGGCCUGCUCCCGCGGACGUACUAUACUUUCACGACAGAUUUCCUCGCAGCACCCAAAGGCAAGCGACACGGCAAAGAGGUCUCCACCGGGUCGAUAACACCCAAAGCGUCCCCCAAGAAAGAAUCGACCCCCCUCCCUCUCGUCCCACAGAUAACGGGUGAAUGGAUCCCGAACCUCAUCCCGACCUUCCGCCAGAGCCUUCUCCGAGGGCGGAGCAUCAACCGCUUCUCCCCGUUUGUCACCAGCGGUGCCGAAGAUUGGGUCCUCCAUGGCGUCGACGAACCACUCGACAUUAACCCGCCCAUUGGGAUGGGCCACUCUCAUAUGCGCUCGACGACGAGCGCAAGCAUCACGGACAGCAAUAGGCUCAGUCGGCUCGUCACCGGUGGCAUCGACACACACUUUAUCGAUGCGGGCCCGUCGUGGCAAAGCCAAGUGCCCGAGUUCGGCGUGCUCGUGCAUUCGCCACAGACCCACAAGACGCCUGGGUCUGGUGGAUCGACAUACACGACGUACAGCGUCACCUCCGUUUUCCAUCCCCCGUCGGAACCCGAGCUUAAUGGGGAGGGCGACGGGGAGAAUGGGGUAGCCUCGGACGGGCUGCCGAAGGCAACGACGCCGAAUGGAUCAUUGCCGCCCACGACCGUCACUGUCCAGCGACGGUUCUCGCAUUUCGUGGUUCUGCACACUGUUCUUCUGAGACGGCUGCCCAGUAUUGCUCUGCCUCCACUUCCCGACAAGCAAUACGCGGGUCGUUUCAGUGCAGGGUUUGUUGAGGCUCGCCGAGGAGAUCUCGAGCGGUACAUCAAUCGCGUCGUGAAACACCCUCUUGCUCGGCAUACUGAAGUUCUGACGGCUUUCUUGGGCUGCGAGAGCGACGAUGACUGGGAUGAGUUGAUGCCUCGUUACUUGUCAACACUGCCUUCUGGGUCUUCAUUCUUCGCCCGUGUCUUUCAUCCCGCAUUUAACAUUGAUGUCGACGAAGCCUCGGAGACCGUUGAUAGGUUUGAGAGUCAUAUAAAGAAUGUUGGUAGGGGCGUUCAGGGACUCCGAAAUAUGUUUGGUCGGUACAGAGAAUCUAGACAAGUAAUCUCGCAAUCCGAGCGACUGCUUUCUUAUUCAAUGCUUAGCAUGAUCACGUCCAAAUCAUUAUCAUCUACACCUCCGAUGGGUAUCAGUGACGAGGAAGAUACCCACAGCAUCCAUAGCGUCAACUCGAAAGGAAAGCCAAAUGGCAUGCUGAACGAGGAGGGUGCUUGGUGCUGGCGAGAAGGAUGCACUGAAUGUCUGAAGCUGACAAAGGCUCUGCAGAAGACCUCAGAAACAUUGCAGUCUGUUGCGGGACUGUACGAUGACCAUGCUGAGCGAACGCAGCUUGCUACGCAUGAGGCUUUAAAAUCCGCUGCUCAUCCGUAUCCAUCAUUCGAAGGUAUCAUUGAUACACACCGAACUACCGUUUCUCGGCAUAAAGAGUCCAUGCGUGAGGGCAAGGCACGUUGCAUCCAUCAUGUGAAUGAGGACAUGGCCGCCCGCUGCGAAACCGUACUGAAUACGACGAUGGCCGAGAUGGAGGCCUACCACAGGCAGAAGGUAGACGACUUUGCGAACAUCGCAAAGGAUCACCUAGACGGCGAGAUUGCGUUUUAUGAGCAGGUGCUCGCCCGGCUGCGCACAGCGCGUAGCCAGUUCGACUCGCCGGCGUACGACGAGUUGGGCAAAUCCGCGAGGCAGCCAUCUCGCUAUGAACGCGAGCUGGACCACCCGCGGGUUGAAUCGCGGCCACUCACGCAGCCAUACCCACAUGUGUAUGAUUCGGCGCCGAUGAGGCCUGUUAGUGUUGCGAUAGGGAAGCUGUGGUGA